AUGGCUGCGGAAGAGCUCUCUGAGGCCGGCAUGGCCGACAUUAUUCGGGCUCUGGAGGCAAUCCACAGUCCUACAUCGUCCAACGAUCUCCGAAAAGAGGCUCUCACGUUUGUUGAGUCUUUAAAAGACAGUGACGCUGCGGCCCGCAAUGGCUUCUUGCUCGCGUCGCGCUCAAACCAUGCGUACGUCGUGCGGUAUUUUGGCUUGACACUCCUGGACCAUGUACUGCGCCAUCUUUCAUUCAGCAACGCCGAAGAGUCCGCGAACCUCCGAUCGAUCGUUCUACAGCUCGCCGAGAAUCUGCAACCGGAAGACCCAAGCUAUUUCCGCAACAAAAUCCCGCAGCUAUGGUCCGAGGCCGCCAAGAAGAGCUGGGGGCUGGACUGGAUGGACAUGGAUGCUACGCUAGUAAAGUUCUGGGGCUCAUCACUUGUGCACAAUGAACUGGUACUUGCUGUUUUGGAGACACUGUCUGAAGAUGUUUUCUUCCGCGAGGAUACAGUCUCGUCCUUGCGCGGCACGGAGCUCAAUCGCGCUCUCGUCGAAAUUUUCACCCCUGCUGCAAUUGUGGAGCAUAUCAACCCGGACAAGAACCCCAGUGCGGUGCUGAGAUGUGGGCAAGAAGGAUGGCUAGUCAGAAUCUGCGAGUUCCUCGACAACUGCGUUCUGAAUGUUUCCAACUCUCCGCAGGCUAGGGAUGCCGCCGUCAAAGCCUUAACUAGUCUGCGAUCCGCUCUUUCCUGGUCGAUUUACAAGGCGGUUGUGGCGUCGCACGUCGUGUCCAGCAUUUUCAGGGCGCUUACAUGCCAAGAUGAGCAAGUUUUGCUGGCUGCAGUCGAGGCUUUGCAUGCGCUAUAUGGGAGAAGUAACAUGGGGAGCGAAGACUCGCAAGAGCUUGUCUGGCUCAUCUUUGAACCUGACUACUUAAACGCUCUGAGGAAUGUCUAUCAGUGGUCUGUUGUUGGCCCAGACGACAUGGACGAUCCAAAGUAUCUUAUUUCAAAGAAACUUUCUGAGACUGUUUCUUAUAUCGCGGGCUGUUUGGAGGAUGAGCGAGUCCUUCGGCAAAUCAUGCAUCGUCUGGACUUACCCGGUUUCUUCGAUUUCAUGAUCAAUAUCAUGCAGAAUGAGAGCUUGGUAGUUUCUAUUCCUGCUCUCCAUCUUUGGUCCCGGCUGCUCACUAUAAACAAACUGAAUGAGCUGGACUUUGUGGUUGCGCAAACUCCUAAUUUUUUGAACAUUUGUACCCAGCGGUUGAUCCGCUGGGAAUCUUCUUCCACGGACUCAGAUAAUCCUACUGUGCAAUUCCUCAUAGAUGAUAUUGAUACCGUUCCAGAGCGCCAUGCAUUUGUUGGGAACUAUCGCCGUUACUGCUCGUCAAUAAUCGAGAGCAUCACUCUAAAACGACCCAAAGAAGCUGUCAGUGAGAUUCUCGCAAAGAUCGAUACCAAUUUGGACAGUCUCUAUGAUGGAGUCGAGCCUUUCUCAAUGCAAACAUUCAGCAAAUCAUCAAUCCCUCUCAUGCGAGCCGAUGCUCAGUUCGCGGUCGUUGAAGCGGUCAUCAAGGGUUACCAUAAAUGGAUCGAGGCCCACGGAAAAGCCCCUCAGAAUGAUGAGCAAGAUCGAAAUGGGCUUGAAAACGUGAUCGAACAUUGGGCAACAAGCCUGAUGCAACGUUCCUUCGAUGACCCGGUUUUGAAACAGCGAGUCAUUAAGCUGGUAGUCGACAUCUCUUCUCGUGCCCUUGACAAUCACCCUUCAUUUGCCCUCAAAGUUCUGGAGCACAUUCUCAUGACACGACUUCCGGAUCAUCCUGAGUUUCCUGCAUAUUCUGAGGCUUUGAAAGAAUUGCAUGGCCUUGCUAGUCAUGAACUCCGCCGUUUGGCAAUGCGCUAUGCGGAUUAUUUUGCCACAUUCUACGACCUGCUGGAACCGAAGAUCACAGAGAUCACCAUGACAAAUCGCGUGGAUGAUAAGCUUCAAAUGGAGUUGACAUCAAUCCUGCUCAUUAUCAUGCAACGGGCCAACAAUGUUGAUCCCAACGUGCGCAAUACCCGACUAGCUUCUUUCCUUGAGCCAAUUCGACAAGCUUGGCGGGAUGAAACGUUUUGUCGCAUGGCCUCGACCUUUGAAGGCUUUUGUUCGAUGUUGGGGUUGGAGAACGUCGGAUCAUACAUGCAAGCUAAGCAAGCCCAUCGAAUUUCGGAUUGGUCAGAGGUUCAUUUGGACAACGAGGGAAAGAUUGUCCAAGAAGAGAUGACAAAGAAAUUUCAGAUGCUACCGUUGCGAGGGACUAAGACCAUGCUGGCAGUCUCCACUGACAAGCUUAAGAAGACCACUCCCGCUUAUGAAGUUGCGUGUAACAUGUGGCAUGACUUGAUCCCAGAAAUACUGCGAACUCUCUUGCCACUUCUCAGCAAUGCUCAUGCAUUCCACAAUCCGUCGAAUUGGGCAGUAAGUGACGAGAUGCGCGCCGUGGUCGAGCGUAUUCUCACCGAUCGCUUCUGGCAAGCCGGUAUCUCGACUGGUAGCCGCGACGAUUUCUAUGCGAGAAUUACGGCGUCCAAGACUACACUAGAGGGAUUCGCAUCAUCUGUCCGCGGUAAAAUCAGAGCUGUGCGUGAAUCAUGCUACUCUAUGCUUUUCAGUAUGAGUAGAAUGCGCCAUCAGUUCUACGGAUAUGCCGAACUCCCCCUUCCGCUGUCCCAAGCGCUCUUCAAAGAUGCAGAGCAUCUUUCAUCCCAUCAAUACUCGGUCCUGCUCAACAUAUCUCGCUGCUUAAUCGAUGACUGUCCAGUGCAAUAUCGUUCUCAAUUCCUACCACCGAUGCUUUCGACCCUUUUCCAGAGCCUAGACCGCAAGAUCACUCAUGAAUGGGAAAUCAUUGAACAGCGGAAGACUGGACUAGCAGAGGGAGAUCUUACGGAUGAGAUGAAAUCUGAGAGUGUGCUCCGCCAACUGACAUACUCUGCGGUAAUCAUGGUGGCCAGCCUGUUCGACCCUCAGAGGGGAGACCCAGAUCGAACCGAGUCUGAUCUUCAUCCAGGAUCGCCAACCCCAGAGCUCGGUGACUCCAUUCGACAAUUUGUCCUCUCAUCCUCGGAUAUAUUCGAGCCCAUUAUGCUUUUUUGUACACAUGCUCUUCGUAUGCGUGACACGAGAUGCUGUAGCAUCAUCACUAGGGUUAUUCGAUCCAUCCUUCCGGACUUCGCCCCCAGUCCGAAGGACAACCAGACCACGGUCACCAUACGCGAAUUCAUCUGCACCGAUGUGCUCAAGGCAUGCAUCACGUCCGUGCACGAGCCUUACUUUGUUGACAUGCAGAAAGAUCUGGCCCAGUUGAUCGCAUCCAUCUGGUUCAUCUAUGGCCCAGCUAGCUCUACGCCACGAGAUAUCUUCCUCACACUACCAGGCAUCACCGAAGAAAAAGUCGUGAAUACUGAAGCUCAGCUUCGCCGAAGCGCUUCCCCUCGCCAACAGCGUGCUCUUGUUCUCGAACUCCUUGAGCCUCUUCGGGGCGUGAGUAUCGCCGAACAAGGAAAAAUUCUAAGCUCGCGAGAAGAACGACGCAAGAUCCGCAGCGCACUUCAAGAGCGGUACAUGACUAACCACGAAAUGGAAGCCCAGGAAUCGAACCCUCGGGUUGACAUCAACGACGGUCCAGAUCUCUCUGGUGUUGCUGACCUGUUCAGCUGA